CUAAUAACAAUUCUUCGAGUGUGUAGGUGUUCCUAUCUGUUAUAUCCCUCAGUGUAUACUGUAUAAUGUGUAGCCUAGGGUAUUUAUGAAACCGGCCAAGGAUGCUUAGAUUCUUACAAAGGAAAGGAAUAAGAGAGACGCAGACAGCCGUGUUGAAGAAGUGGUGAGUGGCGCCGGUGGAUUGGACGACCUGAAGAAGAGGAGCAGGGAGAGUGGCGUCUGGCGGCGGAGUCGACGACUGACGUGUCGGGGCAGAGGAGCAGGGAGAGCCGGAGAGGCGCGGCCGGUAAUGGUGUCGGAGAGGCGGAGCCGGAGCAGGGGGAGAGAGGAGUCGCACUGUCGGAUUGGGAGUCGGGACUGGAGAUGGAGAAGAGGAGCCGCGGUGCCGGUCUCGCCGUCGCUGGAGAGGAAGAGGAGUCGCACCGUCGCAGCUCGCAGAGAGGAGUCGCACUGUCGCUGUGUCGCAGCUCGCGGAGAGGAAGAGAGGAAGAGAGGAGUCGCGCGCCGAUUAGGGUUUGUGAAUUUGUGUGAUCUGCGAUUUCCGAUUAGGGUGGGAAGGGAAUUAGGGAAGUGGGCUGGGCCUGGGGAGUGGGGGUCUGGGCUGGGGGACGGGUAAUUUGGUUUGAUAGUUAUGUCCGGGUAUCCACGGGUCGGGUUGCCCCAAACCCGAACCCGACCCAACCUGUCCAACCAGCCACCGGGUUUAAACCCGAACCCGGCCCGAACCCGGUCAACACGGGUUUUACCCGGUUUGACCGGGUUGGGUCGGGUCGGGUACCCGCGGGUCCGGGUUGAACUGCCAUCCCUACGCCCGAUUGACACCUAUACUCCUUCCUCUUCCUAGUUAUCUUCAGACUCGAGAGUAGUAAGAAGAAACACAUAUUCUACUGCCAUCGAUGGAAAUUCACACCAUGAACGAGGGUGUGUAUACGAUAGUCCGAAACUGGGAGGCUAGUAUUGUGAUAGAAUCGUGAACACCAUUCACUUUCCUUAAAAUUAGAUACAAUGCAUUAACAAAUAACAAUAGCUUCCUACUUUUCAUUUUCUUUAUUUUUUUUAAUAUACUUGUAACUCUUUU